AUGCACGAGCAGGAGGUGACCGAGCGCUUGGCCCGCCAGAAGGCCGCCAUCGAGCACCCGAAGGAGAUGCAGGCGGCGCUCGAAACCCUUCUCUCCUGCAUGGAAGGGUCCUCCACUACAAUCGACAGUCUCCGUCAGGCACUUGAGGCAGCAAUGCGUGCAGGCGUCUCCGCGUCCCACCUCAAGCGAGGGCAGAAGCAGUUGAAGGUCUUGAUCAGCGACGCCUGUGGCGCUCAGCUGGAUGCCUUCUCCCCGAUCGACGAUGACUUGGAUGGGCAGCUCCAAGGCACUGAGCGCCUUGGAGAGGCAGCUGAGUGUGGGACGCCUGCGAGUGCUUCGCGGGCUUCACCAGCAAAGCCCGAGAGCGACAACGUUCCGGAGCCCCAGGAUGCGGAAGGCUUGGCGCUGCAGCUGGCCGAGACGGCCGUGCGCCCCGUUUUGGUUAGAGCUGCGGAGGAUGAGGAGAAGGAGCUGGGAUUUGCACUUCCACAACCCGAUUCACGAACUGGAUAUGGAGGUGACCCCGGCCAUGAGGGGGUGGAGCUGCAGGUUUGGCAACCAAAUCCGAAGCACUUCCUGGAGGGGCUGGUGCAGCAAAAGGCUCGGAUCGCGGAAAAAGCUGAGCUUUUGCGCAGUCUGCAAACCGAGGUGGAGGAAGAGAUGGACAAAAAGAUACAGGAAAGCAAGAUGACAUUGAAAUUUCUGAAAGGCGACGUUGAGCAGUGA